AUGAUCAACUGCUUCAUCUUCCGUACCGAGAAGAGGACAUGCCGAGUCAUCCUCUGUAUGCCGUUGAAUCACAUCAAACCGCUCCAAGGACAGCGAGGGAGCGUGCAGCGAGUGUUCUUCGACUGCAGAAUGCAUCUGAACAAUCUGGGCGCCCCGAGUGUCUGGUACGGUGGUGCGCCGUCCGUGGAUGUGGGUUCUUAG